AUGGAAUCCCAAUUGAAAGCGUCAAAAGUCAUAGGCAUCAUCGGCCUCGGUGACAUGGGUGCCAUGUAUGCCGAGAGGUUCUCCCGGGACGGAUGGAAGGUCAUAGGAAGCGACAGAGAAGACAAGUAUGAGGAAACCAAGAUCAAAUUCAAAGAUAGCCUUUUCCAGGUAUUGCCUUCGGGCCACCACGUCUCACGUAUGGCUGACUAUAUCAUGUACAGUGUGGAGGCAGAAAACAUUCGUAAGAUUGUUUCCACUUACGGUCCCUCUACGAAGGUUGGCGCCAUAGUUGGGGGCCAGACAUCUUGUAAAGCGCCAGAAAUUCAGGCCUUCGAAGACUUUGUGCCCUCAGAUGUAGAGAUCAUCUCGUUGCAUUCACUUCACGGACCAAAAGUUGAUCCUACAGGCCAACCAUUGGUGUUCAUUCAACAUAGGGCAUCCGACGAAAGUGCUCAAUUUGUCCAGACUUUGGUUUCAUGCCUCAAGUCGAAGGUUGUGUCAUUGUCGGCGACUGAACAUGACAAGAUCACCGCAGAUACACAGGCAGUAACUCAUGCGGCGUUUUUGUCCAUGGGGCUGGCUUGGAAACUGAGUAACCAAUACCCUUGGGAAACACCCAAGUGGAUCGGAGGCAUGGAGAAUGCCAAAAUCAACAUCUCGCUCCGUAUCUACGCCAACAAAUGGCACGUCUACGCGGGCUUGGCAAUCACUAACCCGUCUGCUCACGGCCAGGUGCUUCAGUAUGCGGCGUCUGCCACGGAACUAUUCACAUUGAUGAUCCAAGGGAGAAAGCAGGAACUCAAGGAUAGGUUGUAUGCGGCUAAACAAUUUGUCUUCUCUCAUAAUCCAGACCACGAGUCUCUUUUGCUUGACGACACUAUCUUGGAGCAAUUUUCCUUGAGUAAAGUACCUCCCGAAGGUAAACAACCUAACUCUCAUUUGUCUCUUCUAGCCAUUGUGGAUAGUUGGCACAAAUUGGGAAUUAUUCCUUACGACCACAUGAUUUGCUCCACGCCACUUUUCCGUAUCUUUUUGGGUGUCACCGAGUAUUUGUUUUGUUCGCCAGGAUUGUUGGACGGAUGUAUAGACGUUGCAGUCAGCGAUCCAUCAUUCCGCCAUGACGAUUUGGAAUUCACAUUUGCUGCCCGCAGAUGGGCAGAAAUAAUUCAAAGGGGUGACUAUGCGAUGUACGAGUCUACGUUUGAAGAUACGCAGAAGUUCUUCCUGCGCAAGUUUGCCGAAGCAAACGAGAUCGGAAAUGCCAUGAUCAAGACCAUCUUGCAGAGGGUGAAGGAGCGUGGAGAAGAGUAA